UAUAUUAUAUUUAAUGGGACCCAUUUAUACCACCCAAAUUAGUGGUAUGGAUGUGGAUGCUCUAGGUUCACGCGUGGCAUUAACACCGUUUCGUCCGCCGGCGCUAGGGUUCAGAGUCAAUAAUGGCCGAUACACGCCCGACGCCGACGGAAAGCGUAACACCCUCAACUGCAUCGGCGUACCUUAACCCUUCCUACUGGGAUGAGAGAUUCUCGAAGGAGGAGAAAUAUGAGUGGUUCAAGGAUUAUUCCCAUUUUCGUCACAUCAUUCAACCCCAUCUCACACCCAAUUCCUCUGUACUGGAGCUUGGUUGUGGAAACUCACAAAUGUGUGAUGGUUUGUAUAAAGAUGGAACAACCAACAUAACUUGCAUUGACCUUUCACAUGUUGCGGUCAACAACAUGCGAAACCGUUUACUUUCUCAGGGAUUCAAAGACAUAAAAGUGAUGCAAGCUGAUAUGCUAGAGCUACCUUUUGACGAUGAAUGUUUUGAUUUGGUUAUCGAGAAAGGAACUAUGGAUGUAUUGUUCGUGGAUAGCGGUGACCCAUGGAAUCCAAAGCCGGAAACGAUGUCCAAGGUGAUGUCCACAUUGAAAGGUGUUCACAGGGUUUUGAAAGAAGAUGGCAUAUUUAUCUCAAUAACUUUUGGCCAGCCACAUUUCAGGCGCCCUAUAUUUAAUGCACCAGAUUUCACCUGGUCUGUUGAGUGGACUACUUUUGGUGAAACCUUUCACUAUUUUGUCUAUGUUCUAAAGAAGGGACAAAGGUCAUCAUAUGAAGAUAUACAACCUGUGAAGAGGUUUGAAGUGCCGACUUUUAAUCUGCUCCAUGAGGAGUUAGAAAGUGAAGAUUUUACUUUUCUAAUCAAUGUUGAUGAGUUGAACAGUUAGACAGUAUUGUAUGAAAUUUUGUUACCAAUUUUAAAUGAUCCGUUUACUUUGAAGUAGGAAUGCUAUUCUCUUAAAAGAUUAAUGUUGGGCAUUAUGAUGUACCAAAGUAGUAAUUCUAGUUCUAGUUUGUUGAAAACUAAGUGAAACAAUAUUCAAAUUUCUUCUAUAUGGAAAAGCAAUUUACGUUUA